AUGAAACGCCUCACCCUAUAUUCUUCAUACAGCGGAGACACAAAUCCCAGGCCUAGCGGCUUUAUCUCCCACACGCUCGCAAUUUUGGUAAAUGAUGCACCCGGGGUGCUUAACAGAGUAACAGGAAUUUUUGCAGGGCGAGGAUACAACAUUCAGAGUUUAGAAGUUGGUCCAGCUGAGACUCCAGGAACCUCACGAAUUUUGACAGUAAUCCCGGCUACCGAUGAAUCUAUAAAGAAACUACUGAGUCAACUUUCGAAACUCAUUGAUGUUCUUGCGGUACAAGAUAUUACACAUCAGUCCUUUUCAGAAAGGGAGCUGAUGCUUAUCAGGGUUGCUACCACAUCUGCCGUCCGCCGUGAGGUCCUGGACGUGGCCGCUAUUUUCCGUGCCAAGCCUGUCAAUCUCUCCAACCGCACCAUAACUCUCGAGGUGACCUUGAGAAAAUGGCGGCAUUGCAGCGUUUGCUAGAACCUUUUGGCAUCCUCGAGGUGGCUAGAACAGGACGAGUAGCACUUUUACGUGAAGAUGGCGUGGACACUAAGUACUUGAGACAAUUUCACCCUGUAACCUCCACUUUUUCCUAACAACUAAUCAGCCCCACAGCAUUUUCUCAGUUUUGCAGCAAGGAAUCGAUUGUAUUCAUGAUCAACUUAGCUUCAUUUCACACACUGGACAUGACACCCUUAUUUAUCUCUCAUGUAUUUUGUCACCACCUUUGGAAGUCCUGGGCACUUCUAGUGCUCGGAACAUUUUCCUUGGGGUUACCAUUGCUGAUUCCAUUGUCGAAUCUUAAGUUUUUAUUUCAAUGGAAAUUACUAAUGAGGAGCUCCA